AGUGAAGCAAAGCAAAGCUAGGAGCAACAAGAAGAGAGUCGGGGAGGGAUUAUCAGUUAACUAUGCUUGUCUGCGUGUGAUAAUGUAGCGAACAAACGUGUCCAAACUGCUUUUCUUUUCUCCUUGGCUCAGCGGUUUGUCAGCUCGUUUGCUCCAUGAAGGCCUGAACCAACCUAAGUUUAUGUUAGCAGUCUGACGUUAGCUCCUGCUGCUAGCUAACUCCUGCUGGUGACUUCAAACAACUUGUCAACAGCCGAUCGAUCUGGACAGGACUCGGGACUGAUUUUGCUACUUGUUUAUUUUAGCCCGUUGGCAAUUUCUCGUAGCGUAAAAAAUCUUCUCAACCAGCAGCACUACUGGGAGAGUGGCGCUAUGAUGGCAACGUGACAGGAGGGGAGCCGCUGAGUCAGCUUCAACAGUAACCAUGGAAUGGUUUCAGCAAACUGCUACAGAGCAACACGACAGGGUAAACGGCUACUGCAAGCCCAAAUCGCCCCAGGACACAGCUGAUGUCAGGUGGACGCCACCGGAAGGAGAGUCUGGAGGUUCAGACAGCUGUGAGGGGACGAGUGUGUCGGAGCUGACAGAUCUACAAGAGUUGAAGCCGAGGGAAAGUGAGGAUGAGGAGGAGAAGGAGGAGAAGGAGGUAGUUCCUGCCUCUAAAGGCCUGAAAGGGGACCAGAAGAAAAAGGAGAAGGAGAAGGAGAAAGAGAAAGAGAGUCUCGAUCAGGAAGAGAACAGCAAGCAAAACAGUAGUGCAGCAUCCAGCUACACAGACCUGUCACAUACCUCGUCGCCCUCGCUGUCAGAACAGCUGCGUCUUGGCCGAGAAGACAGCGCAGGGUCUGGGAUCAGCGUGGAGUGUAAGGUCUGCGGGGACAAGGCCUCUGGCUUCCACUAUGGCGUGCAUGCCUGUGAGGGUUGCAAGGGGUUUUUUCGGCGAACCGUGCGGAUGAAGCUGGAAUAUGAUCGCUGUGAGCGUUCCUGCAAGAUUCAGAAGAAGAAUCGUAACAAGUGCCAAUAUUGUCGCUUCCAGAAGUGCCUGUCUUUGGGAAUGUCCCAUGAUGCGAUUCGAUAUGGACGUAUGCCUGAGGCGGAGAGGAAGAAGCUGGUGGCAGGUCUGCUUGCAGAGGAACUGAACCUCGGCAAACCAGGUGGCUCAGACCUGAAGACCUUGGCCAAACAAGUCAACACAGCCUACUUGAAAAACCUCAGUAUGACCAAGAAGAGGGCCCGUAGCAUCCUGACCGGCAAAACCAGCAGCACCUCGCCGUUUGUGAUAUACGAUGUGGACACACUCUGGAAGGCGGAAAGUGGUUUGGUAUGGAGCCAGUUAGUUCCAGGUGCGCCCCUGACCAAGGAGAUUGGGGUCCAUGUGUUCUACCGCUGCCAAUGCACCACGGUGGAGACUGUUCGAGAGCUCACAGAGUUUGCCAAGUGCAUUCCAGGGUUUGUGGACCUUUUCCUCAAUGACCAGGUGACUUUGCUGAAGUAUGGCGUGCACGAGGCAAUUUUUGCCAUGCUGCCCUCUCUCAUGAACAAAGACGGGCUGUUGGUUGCCAAUGGUAAAGGCUUUGUAACCAGGGAAUUCCUGCGCAGCUUAAGAAAGCCCUUCAGUGAGAUCAUGGAGCCCAAGUUUGAGUUUGCUGUCAAGUUUAAUGCUCUGGAGCUGGAUGACAGUGAUCUGGCCCUGUUUGUUGCUGCCAUUAUUCUCUGUGGAGAUCGCCCCGGGCUAAUGAACGUGAAGCAGGUGGAGCAGAGUCAGGACAGCAUCCUCCAGGCCCUAGACCUCCACCUACAAGCAAACCACUCUGACUCUGUCUACCUCUUCCCCAAGCUGCUGCAGAAGAUGGCCGACCUCCGUCAGCUGGUUACCGAAAACGUUCACCUUGUCCAAAAGAUCAAAAAGACUGAGUCAGAGACCUCGCUCCACCCUCUACUACAGGAGAUCUACAAAGACAUGUACUAGUAUUCUCCAGCACAGACUGCUUUCAGCAAUACUGUUAUAGACUGAAUUCCCCUUUAUAAUAAUACACUGCAUUCAGUACAAGCACUGUUCCACGUACAGGCAUGGAUAUUAACAUGUACAGAUGAGGAAGAGCCACGUGGUAGGGCUAACACAAUCAGCAAAGUCUUCUCAAUGUCAGCAUUACCCUCAGCACAGCAACGUGUGCGUGUGUGUGUAUGUGAGAGAGAUGAGCAUCUGGAAUCAUUUGCUGCAAGUCCGAGUUUCCCACAACGGUCACUUAACAGAGAGAAUGAUAUGUUUUCUCUCAGGCUGCUCCUGUUACAUUCUAAUAGCAAAACUGACCCCAGAGUAGUGUCUAGAGAGAGCUUCUCCUCACGUGUGAAGGGAAAGCAUUUCAUGUUCUUACACCAGUGGCAUAGUUGGAAUAGAAAAGAGCCGUCAGUUUGUACUGUGCAAGAGUUUCUUAUGAUGCCAAUGUCUUUGAUAAGAGUGAUUAUCCUCAGACUUUUGGUAAAGCUGAAGAUGCACAAAUUGGGUUAUGUUUACAUCAUUAUCAUCAUCAUCAUCAUCAUCAUCAUCAUCAUCAUUAUCAUCAUUAAUGACUGCUACUUUGCCAUUUGGUUCAUAGAACACAAACUGGGCUGGCUCCAGCAGUGUAGAGCUCUCUCAAAGCAGCUAUCUGUGCAAUACCGUUUAGCAUUUUGUCAAUAAAUGUGGAGAUCCAAGUUAUAUAGGUUUUGUCUUAAAGCCAUCUACCUAAGUGGUAACUAAUGGGCUAUGCUGCACAGAUUAUGUUUUUGAAGCUGACACUAUAAACACACGACCCAUUGAAGUACAAGGGACCGCAUGUUUUUUUUCUUUCUUUUGACAUGCAAAUUAUCAUGAACUUGCCAUUUUUAGGUUUUUCUUAGUUUAUUCUUUGUAAUUCUGUUACUAAUUAUUUUAAUUGUUGAUCAUAUUUGUAAGGGCAAAACACGAAUUAUCAUCUUGUUUUAUGUAUUAAGUAUAUCUGUUCUUUUAUAUUACAUGCCUGCCUAUUUAGUUUAGGUUGUACCAAAUGUAUCGUCAAGCAUACCAACAAAUUUGUCCAUGUUGAGGAAUUUGGAUUUCACACCUUUAGCAGGAUUUACAACCCUGAUUCCAAAACAAACUUGGGACACUGUAAAACACAAAACUGAAUGCUUGCUAAUCCUUUUUGACACAUAGUCUAUUGAAAACAGUGCAAAAACAAUAUAUCUGAUUUACCAUGUACCAUUUCAGUGUCAUUUAUUUUUGUUAAUACAUACUUAAUGUGAAUUUGAUGCCAGCAAUACAUUUUAUCAAGUUGGGACAGGAGCAACAAAACACUGGGAAAGUUGUGGAAUGCUCCAAAAACACCUGUUUGGAUAAUUCCACAGGUAAAUGGGUUCAUUGGUAACAGGUGACAGUAUCAUGAUUGGGUAUGAAAGGCUCAGUCUGUCACAAGCAGGGAUGGGAUGACCCAAGAGGGGUCAUAAACAUGCCAAUGAAAACAGCUGCAUUUUGCAUGUUUUACACAGUGUCCCAGCUAUUUUGGAAUUGGAGUUGGACCUAAAACCAGCACACAGUAUCAUGAUGUCAUUACUGGGAGAAUUGAGGAUGAUUAGAAAUCGACAUCCAGCAUCUGGUGUCAUAAGUUGUUUUUGUGUUCACCCAAGAUAUAACCACAGUCCUAGAUUACUACCCUUUUUGUGUAAAGUCUGAUUUGUUUUGUUAGAAGAGGCACAAAGUGUAACAGCCUGACAAUACUGUAGCCCCCUCUCUUUUUUUCCACUGCAGUUAUUCCGAAUGGACUUCAGUACGUCAGCACUGGUGCACACAGUCCACCUUCAGAAGUCUCCUCUUGUGCUCUUAUUCUGUCUUGAUCCCUAUCUACCUCUAAUGUAUGAUCUGUGACAUUAUUCCGCUGUCUCAUCUAAUCGCUGACAUUUUUGUUUUUGUUUUGCCUUAAUUCCCUGCUUUUGGUACACAUGUCAAAUUUGAUAUUAAUGGCUGAUGUGCGGUGUGCCAAGAUAGCAAAGUGUGGAUGGAUAAAACAAGAAAGUACACCAAAAAGUUGAUGUAAGCUACCUCUGUGCCUGCCAUUUGUUCACAAAAACUAUAGUCCCAUGUAACUUAUCUGCGCACCCAGUUUAGUUACAUUUCACCGAUAAACUUUAUUAGAAAUAUUAGCACUGAUUUUCUCCUUUUUUAUUAUGAGGCAGUUUAUUAACCUUUAAAACUUGUGAAGUACCAUAACUGAUUAAACUUUGGGAUAGUUCUGACAAACUGAUGGAUAAAUGGGAAAUUGGAGUACGUCACAUACAAACGUCAACGUCACGUUUCAAUUGGUUGUUAGGUUAAUUGGUUGCAGGAACCGGCUGUCACGUAUUUAUAGAUAGACAGAUAGAAGGUGCUUGGCUGCAUGCAUUAAACACACGGAGGAUGGACUCGUCCCUCAGUGGAAGUAUCUGUAGGUAAGCGGUAGUUGGUUUUAUAUGAAGCCAGUGAAGGAGAGAAAUUAUCGAAAAGUAGCAGCUCUAAUGCUGAGAAACGUUACAAACAUCCGUGUGCCUGUGCUACCUUCAAUUUAUGUCGUGCCUCAUUUAAAUGCAGCCGUUAAGGUUGAAAAGUGCGUGUU